AUGGGACGAGGUGGAGCAGGGCAGGGCAGGGUAACAGUGGACCCCCGCAGUGACGUGUCCCACCGACAGUACGUGUACGUCCUGGUGACCCGCCCCCCCAGCGUUUUGGCGGGGGGCCGCCCAGGCAGCUCUGUAACCCUGAAGCAGAGCGACAGCGUGGAGAUCUACCAGCAGUACAGCGGAGAGCGCGUCUUCCACAUGACCUUUCACCCCUCCCUGACCUUCAGCCAGCUGAGACUGAUGGGGUCAGAGGUCAACAGGACCCUGCUGCUGCUUACCGACUCUGGAAGGGUGUACACUGUUCCUCUGAAUGAGACACAGUUGAACAGGCCCCGCUCCUUCACUGUCCAGCUGACCCUGAGGGUGAUCAACCAUUCGCUGCCUGACCUGCCAGUCAAACAGAUCCACACCAGUUACAGCAGCGCCCUAUUCAUCACAGGUGAUGGUUCGGUGUAUGUGGAGACACACUCUGCUGGGGUUCACCGGCACCUCUUUGGGUCUCUGCAGGGAUUCAGCCCAAACAACGUCCACACCCCUAUGCUCCUCCCCCUCUCCUAUAAGGUGGUGAAGUGCUCUCUGGGACUCACACACCUGUGUUUGCUGGAUGAAAGUGGGCGUGUCUUCAUGCAGGGCAGCAACAAUCACGGGCAGCUGGGGACCGGAGACAAGAUCGACCGACGAGAGCCCACUCAGGUGGUGCUGUCCCUGACCCCAGUGGACGUGUGCUGUGGACUGAACCAUUCUCUGGCCCUGCUGCGGGGGGAGACGGGAGAGAAGGAAGUGCAGGGCUGUGGGUGUGGUCGGGGUGGACGUCUCCCGGGCUGGGCCCAGGGGAGCCCCGUCUUCGUCAGGCUGAGUGUGAAGGCACCACGGAGCACCCGUGCCCUCUGCUCCUCCAAGUACUACCUCUACCUGCUCUGUUGCCAUGACAUCGCGGAGCCCCUUCUGUUCCACACCCCCCCACCAGGGGCGGAGUCAGAGAUGGAGGCUGCUGAGAGGGAGGGGCUUCAGAGGUGCCUAUCUCAGCUGAGGGGGUGUGGCCAUCUCUGGGAACAGCUGGCAAAGCUGAGAGAGGCUGUUCAGAGUCACAUGACCCUUAGCUCUGCCCAAAAGGACUUCCUGGAGGAGGCCCUGUCCACAAUGCAACAGGGCUCUUCUUCCACCACUGAAUUCCAGCUUUAAAGAUACAAACUCCCACCCUGCUCAUUCAGUGUUCUCUAGCCACAUGGUUUUGAUACUGAUUUAAUAAAGUGGUACAAUUUAUUUUGUUAGCUGUCCAACAUGAAAAUACAUGCCUGUAAAAACAACGUAAUCACUAUGACUCAUGACCUUGACUUUGUGUCUUGAUUUUCAUAAAUAAAGCACAUUUACACUCUGGCAA